GAAACUGCCCGGAGGAUCUCCACGCUGGAGUCAAGUAUUGCGACACUGGGAUAUUGACACUAUAAAAUAAAAUGGACAACAAUAUAAAUCUUUUGCAUAUAGUAAUUUGCUUGUAUUGUCCACGUUGAUGUGAACUAUGUUUGUUUGUGGUCUGUACAGUUUUCCAAGGAUUGUUCUGACCGAAUAGAUGUAUUUUGUCUUUGGUAAUUAAACGAUUUUUUAAUACAAAUCUAACGUAGACAAUCGCAACUAAAAUGCUGAAUACUACCAGCUGGGACCCACUACACAUCGCUAACUAUGUUGAAGAAUAUUUGGACUUGGUUGAGUCUUUACCUUUCGACCUACAAAGAAAUGUGUCUCUUAUGAGAGAAAUUGACUCCAAAUACCAAGAACUCCUUAAAGAGUUAGAUGAGGCCUACGAGAAACACUGCCAGGAGGAGGACCCUAUCCAGCAAAGGCGCUUACUGCACUGUAUCCAAAGAGCUCUUAUCCGAAGUCAGGAGCUGGGUGAUGAGAAGAUCCAACUUGCUAGUCAGAUGGUGGAAUUGGUGGAGACUCGUAGCCGGCAAGUGGACAGUCUUGCUGAGCUUCUAGAAACCCGACAUGAACCCCAAGAAAGCAUGAAAACUACUGCCAUACCUUCCGUUAUUCCCAGUAAGAGAAGAGAGGAGGAAAAACGAAGAGAGGAACCCUUUGGUUCCACAGAAAGGCUUUCUGGAGCCAACAAGCGCUCCAGACGUCAGAAAAACAAUAAUAAUGACACUCGGGAGAACAUCUCUACAGUUAACCAUGAUGAAGGGACCGGAGGCUUUGUCAGGGAAAAGCGGAAUAAAACCUCAAAGAAAAAGAAGAGAUCCAAAGCAAAAGCUGAAAGAGAGCCUUCACCUACAGAUCUACCUAUUGAUCCAAAUGAGCCUACUUACUGCCUGUGUGAACAAGUGUCAUUUGGGGAGAUGAUUGGUUGUGAUAAUGAUGAAUGUCCAAUUGAAUGGUUCCAUUUCUCAUGUGUUGGGCUUAAUCACAAACCUAAAGGGAAGUGGUAUUGUCCAAAAUGUCGGGGAGACACAGAGAAGACUAUGGACAAAGCCUUGGAAAAAGCAAAAAAGGAGAGGGGAUACAACAGGUAGCCUUAAUUGGCUGACCUCAAACAACUGAUCAUAUGGAUUUAUGUUCAUCUUUGUGUUCUGUUUCAUCUGAAAACUUGUUUACUCAGAUAGAGUAGCAUCCAAAGGCUUAAGCUCAGCUGCUCUCUGAUAGGCAGAUUUUUUUUUGUUGUUGUUUUUUAUUGUUUUGCUCAUUGUUAUUGUUUUGAGCAUUUAAUUUAAAUAGAUAUUUCAUAUUUAGUCGUGUGGUAUGUUGCACUGUUUAUGUGAAUGAGCUUUCAUUGUCAGGCUCAUGCAGCAUGUGUCUAGUGUAUGAGUGAUGAUCUUAUUAUAAAAACCUUCAAAUAAAUGUGUUUGAAAAAUG